AUAACCAUCGUUAUUUACUAAUCGCAGUCCUUACUUAUUCAGCCCUUUUUGUUAAAUUCACCAACACCAUGUAUUUGAAUGUGUUUCAGUCAAAAUUCAAAAUAAUUUUGUAAUUCAUGUUACUGUAAAAAUGAUGUAAAAAAUACAAAAUAAUUUUAAAAUUAUGAAAACCCAACUUACAAUUUCAUAUAAUUAGAAUACCGGUACACUCUUACUUUUAGUUUUACACACUUUAUAUGAAAUAAAGUAAUUUAAAGUCACAGUCACUUCGAUUAACUUUCUAUCAAAAUUUUUUUAGUAAUGUUUUAAUGUAGUUUUAAUUUACUCAGAUGUAGGGGCUAGGAAAAGGGGGGGGGGUGGGGCAUGACUGGUACUAAAGUUAAAGUAACAACACAAAGAAUACAGAAAAGGGAGAGAAUCUCACACACGCACGUCAUGGCGCAGAUUGCGGAAUAUGACUAAAAUACUUUUUGUUAGAAAGUAUCAAAUUACCAGUCUAAUUUUCACCAAUAAUUGGUGACAUAUUGUUUACUUCUAAUAUCUUGUCCCCUAUCUAAAUUUAUGCAUUUUUAAAGAUUGCAAUGUUCAUCAGACUCUUCAUUCUUCAUCAUUAUCUCCUGAAAGAAAAAGAAGAAAGUUUUAGAAAAAGAAAGAAAAAUACAAGAGAGAAACAAAACUUAUCUGUUGUUGAAUUGAGGCUUAGUAUUAGUAUUAGUGACUAUUAGACUUGAUGGUAUUCAGUAAGCCGCACUAACCAAAGCAUGCUGACAUACAGUGCCUUUGUGUCGUAAGUUUGCAGAAUGUUCCCAGGCAAAGCAUUAUUUGAAACAAAAACUGGCACUUGAGGUCUGCCGGCCAUGGUAUUGUUUAUUUUAUAUCAAUAAAAAAAAUAAUAAUUAGUGUGCACACAAAAUUUGAAAUGAACAAUUACGUCACCAAUAGUCGGCAGCUAUGAGGCUGGUAAUCAGGCACUUUCUAAAUAAAAGUAAUUUAUUUUACAUUUGGGACCGCCAUUCUGAGUUUUUAUGAAGAAAAAAAAGAAAACAGCAGGGGCAAAAAAAUUAGUUACACUUUAAGUGUCUAUCAGAAGUCUCUAUUUUUUUACUUUAUUUGCAGCAGUCAGAAUCAGUGUUGUUUAUAUUUUCUAUUUUGAUUCUCGGUGUUAUACAUGCAUUUAACACAGUGGACUAUAGUGUUGCAGCUGAAAUCAAUGAGAUUUAUUUGUGCAUCGGAAUGUCUUUGAUUACAGCCAAAGCAUUGCCAGAGUCUCCAUGAGACAUGGUGCCUGUCGGAGAAGGCUCAUUAAACUUGUGAGUGCCAUUUGUGUCAUUUAACAAUUUUGAUUCAGGCAUUCUCAGAAACAGACAUUUACUAUUAUGUUUGACAUUGUGUGUAAGAAGCCUUUAUUGACCUUAAAAGACAUUCCAAUGGACAAAAAAAUCUCAGAUCGGCUGCAACACAACAGUCCACUGGAACUGGACAAGCUAUUUGUUAAUUGCAUGUGUAACACCAAAUGUCAAAAUAGAAAAUGUUUUUGUGUAAGAAAAAAUGUAAAAAGAAGUACAAUGUACCGUGUAAUUCAAAAUUUCAUUCAAGUCCAGACUGCUGCAAAAAACAAACAAAAAAAUUAAUAUUUUUUUAAGAAGGCAUUUUGUAGUUUAUUUUAUGCAGUUUAUUUGCUUAUUAGUAUUAGUCUAAUCCCUUUGUGUGUUAUUAUAUACUUUGCCUAAGUCAUGGCAUGCCUAGUCAUUCUAUAGAAUGCCUGAUGAUUCUAAUCAGAGUGUGAAAUACACAAUUUAUUAUAAACUUUUAUUAGGCAUUUUAUAAAAUGCCUGGAUUUCACACUUUGCCCGUGUAACUGUAACAUAUGUGCUAUGAAAGUUAAUACUUAAUAAUACUUAAUUUUAAACGACAAACUGCUUUGUAGAGUCUGAUACUACACAUUGUCAAGUAAAUAUUACUUUUAGGUCCAGCAUGAUACAUCCGUUUGAGUACUAUGAUCAUAAAUUUAUUUAUAAAAAAUUUGCAUUAUUGGCAUUGGUUUAACAAUUUUAAUUAGGCUACUUUAAUUAGGCCUAGCCAUUUUCAUUUAAUUAAUAAGCCUAGGUAUUGGCUAAGCCUUGGCCUAACUAAAAAGUAAUAAGCCUAUUUACUAUUUUACAUUCAUUACGUCUUAGUCUUAGCCCUAUUUGUUUUAGGUCUAUCCGCAUGUCCUUAAGACUACUACUACUACUACCUUCUAUCAGUAUCCUCUUAUCAACUAUAAAUAAUAAAAACCAUCAUGUUAUUAGCUAUUCAUCACUAAAAUAUAUACUAUAACUAUAAUGUGUUGUAAAUCAUUUAGUGAUACAUGGUGAUCCUUGUGAACAAUAUAGCUAGUAAGAUUAAGUACAAAUGGCGGAACAUGGUGCACACUUAACAUCCCUUGGGCCAGGUGAUGCUCAAAGACCAAGUGUGUUUGAAGUGCUCGCCCAGCAGAGCUUAAUGUCAACAAUUAAACCUGCUUUUCAACAUGCUGUCAGGGUAAGACAUUGCAAUGCAAUACAAGAGAAUACAGAUAGAUUUUACUAUGAACCUUUUUUUUUGAGUUAUUAUGUCAUUUAAAUUUGACACAAAUGGUAAAUAAAAACAAAACUGUUCUGCUUCAUAUCUCUUACUCUUAAAACAGCCCCAACAUGAAGACUAAUGAAAACAGUUCAAUGCUAAGCAGGUAAAUACUAUAGGACAAGUUCUGCUUCAUGUCUCUUACUCUUAAAACAGCCCCAACAUGAAGACUAAUGAAAACAGUUCAAUGCUAAGCAGGUAAAUACUAUAGGACAAGUUCUGCUUCAUGUCUCUUACUCUUAAAACAGCCCCAACAUGAAGACUAAUGAAAACAGUUCAAUGCUAAGCAGGUAAAUACUAUAGGACAAGUUCUGCUUCAUGUCUCUUACUCUUAAAGCAGCCCCAACAUGAAGACUAAUGAAAACAGUUCAAUGCUAAGCAGGUAAAUACUAUAGGACAAGUUCUGCUUCAUAUCUCUUACUCUUAAAACAGCCCCAACAUGAAGACUAAUGAAAACAAUUCAAUGCUAAGCAGGUAAAUACUAUAGGACAAGUUCUGCUUCAUGUCUCUUACUCUUAAAGCAGCCCCAACAUGAAGACUAAUGAAAACAGUUCAAUGCUAAGCAGGUAAAUACUAUAGGACAAGUUCUGCUUCAUAUCUCUUACUCUUAAAACAGCCCCAACAUGAAGACUAAUGAAAACAAUUCAAUGCUAAGCAGGUAAAUACUAUAGGACAAGUUCUGCUUCAUGUCUCUUACUCUUAAAGCAGCCCCAACAUGAAGACUAAUGAAAACAGUUCAAUGCUAAGCAGGUAAAUACUAUAGGACAAGUUCUGCUUCAUGUCUCUUACUCUUAAAGCAGCCCCAACAUGAAGACUAAUGAAAACAGUUCAAUGCUAAGCAGGUAAAUACUAUAGGACAAGUUCUGCUUCAUGUCUCUUACUCUUAAAGCAGCCCCAACAUGAAGACUAAUGAAAACAGUUCAAUGCUAAGCAGGUAAAUACUAUAGGACAAGUUCUGCUUCAUGUCUCUUACUCUUAAAGCAGCCCCAACAUGAAGACUAAUGAAAACAGUUCAAUGCUAAGCUGGUAAAUACUAUAGGACAAGUUCUGCUUCAUGUCUCUUACCAAAAAGAAAAGCCAACCAUGCAAUAAAAUAUGAAAUGAUAAUCGGAGUCUGGAAAAAAAAAAAUGAUUGAUAUUUAUGAUUUAACAUUUAUCUGGCAUUAAAAAAAACUUCAUAUGCUAGAUUAAGAGUCUCAUGUGUAAGUAAAUUUAUAAAAUGACUUAUACACCACCCCACCCCCGCCUUAUAAAAAAUAGGGAGAAUUUCUAUGGGGACCCCUUAGACCUACCCUAUGUUUUACAAGUUAAUUGUGUUCAUUUCCUGGACUGGAGCGGACGCAGAACGCCUGAUAAGUCUAUGCAGAUCACCGCUUGGGUACCACUGGCAAAGAGCAAAAUUUUAUUUUUAAAUAAAUGAGUAGAGAAUUUAACUUAAAAACUUAUUUAACUAAUUUGUAUACUCAAGUCCAACAUUAUCAUGUUUACAUUUCACUUUUAAGAAAAUAUUUUUUAACAGGUGUUUGCAGAGAAAUAUCCUCAGCAGCUAGGGAAAGUCUUUCAGUAUUAUGAUGAAAUUUUUAUUGUACUUGACAGUCUUGUUCAGGCCCAUUAUCUAAGAAAAUAUGGUAACCAUUGCUCCAACUGUUCUAAUUAGUAAUUAGUAACAAAUAUUUCAUGUGAAUCUUUCAAAAUCAACAUUUUAAAAUGCCUCCAUCUGUUUCUUUCAACUGGGGGGGAAUUUGAUUUAAAAUUGCAAUACCUUUAAAAAAUGUAUAAAUUAUAAAUGAUAAUUUAUCAUAAAUUAAAAUACUUAAUUUAUUUAAUGCAAAAAUUCAACUAAGUGGUAUGUCAUUAUGAGGUCUAGGCAUAUGUUUUUGUUAAAUGAGAAUGAUGAAACUGAACCCUCAAAAGUGAGGAAAAUAUUUUAGUAUUUUGAGGAAAGGGGAACAUUUUUGUUAUCACACUCUUUCCAUGGCAGCCAACUACAGAAAUUUCAUAUCUGUCAUAAGUUUUAUUUUUAAAAUCUCCUUUCGAUUCUCUUUCUUCCGUCAAAUAAGUAUUUAUGCAUGAAUUCAAUGCCAUUUUCCCUAACCUCACUGGCUAGUUACAUAUAAUUGCAAAUGUUAACUUAUGGAAUUUACAUUAAUUUUUUUUCCAUUCCAGGUGCAUCUUUUGCUGAAAAUUUCUAUGGCUUGAAGCGAGUUCCUAGUGUAAACUCAGAAGUCACAAAAUUAUCACUAAAACUCAAAGUGAGAUCGUUGGCUUGUUUAGUAAGUCAAAGGAAACCUGCUAAAUAUAUUCUUUGGACAAAAAAGUAUAGUCAGCCAAAUUUAAAGAAAAAAUUAUGUGAACAAUAUUUGCAUCACUGCAUUACUGUAAAAUGUAAAGCUAUGGUCAGUAUGGAAAUGCUAAAUAUUCUCUGAAGCUCCCCUCUGCCUUCCAUAAUGAGCUGAGGUGAAAGAGAAAAGGCACAGAAUGUUAUAAUAUAUUUUCCAAAAAAAAAAAGGCCAUCUCUUACAUAUAUUACGCUUCUGGUGUGACUGGUGGACUGAUUCCAUUUCUAGCUGCUUCCUAACAAGCUGGCUGCUUCCUAUUCAGCGUAUUUGGUAUUGAGAGUAUAUUACUAAUAAUUCUAUAUGUUUAAAAGAAAGUAUCGUUCAUUAAUGAGUUAACUAGCACUUAAAAUAAAAUCCCAGAUAACUACGCUAAAUGACAUAUUAUUUUUUUAAUGACGCAACUGCGUUCGGUGCGUAAAUAUUUUCUUUUCGGAAAAUGAAAUGGUCUCAAUUUAAGUAUGGUAAAAAAUAUUCGGUUUAAAAGUGGUUGAGACAUCAGAAUAUUUAAUAUGGUUCAUGGGCGUGAAAUAAAAAGUGUGCAGUGACGUAUCAUCGGGUGAAGGAGUGUAGCAAAAAUUGGGAUUCUUAAAUUUGCGUUACUUAAGUUCAUGUUUUGACAAGUAACUUUAGUAGAUGGGAAGUUCAUGCUUUGCUGUCACCAAUGUUUGGCGGGUGAAGGAGUGUAGCAAAAAUUGGGAUUCUUAAAUUUGCGUUACUUAAGUUCAUGUUUUGACAAGUAACUUUAGUAGAUGGGAAGUUCAUGCUUUGCUGUCACCAAUGUUUGGCGGGCUAUAUCUACUAUUAGUAAUAUUACAGCCAAAUACCUUCAAAGUUGUGUUUCUUUAGUAGUCAAAUGAAUACAGAAACUUAUAGUACUAAUAGGUAGUAUUAUUAUACGUAUGACUUAAAUAAUUGGUAUGUAACAUUGCACUGUACCAACUAUACAAUCCUAAUCCUGUGAUAACAAGUUAAUUUUUUAAUUACUUCAGAUAUUGAUUCCAUAUGUUCAUCGAAAACUGGAAUUGCUGUAUGAAGACUUAAAAUACAGAUUUGGAACAGAAGGACAACUGGCUUUUUUACAAGUACCCUAACAUUAAUUCCUAAAUUUAGAGUAAAACAUUAUAUAUUUUCUUUUAGAAAUAUUAUCUCAUGAUUAAAGUAUAAAAAACUGUAUUAAACACUACAUAAAGUUACAAAUAAUUAUAACAACAAAAUUAAUUCAAUAAAAUUUGUAUUUCUAAAUAUGAUUAAUAACUUGAAGAAAAAUGUUUUUAGUCAUAUUUUUCAAGAACGAUACACGUAUUGCUCAUAUAGACCAUGACUUUAUAGCAAUGUGCUUUCAAAUCCUAAUAAAGGUAUUUUUCCUCUUGCAGAAACAAUUGUCUUUGAAACAACGGCUUAUCAAGUUUUAUCUUUUUUUGUACCCAUACAUCCAUUCCACCUGGGAAUGUCUGAAUUUGGGUUACAUGUUGUCCUAUAUGUUAAAAAAGGGCCGGUGGCACAGUCCUGGUAUGCAUAUGUCUGGUACAGUCCUUCUGAGACUGGAUCCACAGGACGUGUUUGAUACAACCACAAGCAGCCUCACCUAUCCCCAGUGGGCCCAUCUAAGGUUAGUUUCCUUUGUACCAGCUUUCUUUUUUUUAAAUGUGUUUUCAUUUUAAGGUAUUAGGAAUUUUUCCAUGCAACAAAGGUGUUGGAAUGCAAGAAAGCUGCCAAUAGUGACAAGAUACAAAUUUAAAUGGAACUGGAUUAUGUUUUAUAAAGGAAAUAUUAAAGCUGUGACUGGCACAAAAUAAAUUAUAAAAAUAUUUAUGAUUAUAACUGCCAGGUAAAAAAAAAAUUAAUUACCGGUAACAAAAGAAAUAGCCUUGGGCAAAAAAAGAAAGAGGUAUUGUUUUAGUUUUUGAAAAAAAGAGGAGAUGAGGGAAAAAAAAAAGUUACAAAAAAUUAUGGAUGACGUUGAAUGUUUUAGGAUUCAAUGUUCAAAAUAUGUACAUUAAUUAAUUUUUGUUUCCAAUAAUCCCAGCCAUAUUUCAAUAAAGUAAUAAGCUGUAAGAGUAAUGUCCAGGAUUUCUACUCAUAGCUUUUCAGGUAAACUUUACACACUUGUCAAGUUGGUGUUCAGCACAACGGCUGUCUGUCUAUCUACAAGUCUCUCUGUGGGUGUGUUUUUCCUCCAGUUCCUAGACUGGUGGUAUGCCAGUGACAGCAGUGCCAAAUCUCUUACAGCCUUGCCAGUUCCUCAUGCACCACAGGUAAACUGGACAAAUUUAUGUUACCCCCUAAAGAGAUCUCUCAUGUGAUGCCACACAUUUACGGGUGUGCCAUAAAAUCUUAAAAAUUAGAAAUAAAAAAACAAUAUUUGGAGAUGUUAAGUAAUGAGUACCGUAAGAAUACCAAUGUUAACAGUAUUUAAAAGGAUUUCAGUUUUACAUGUAGAUUGAAGAUGAAACAAAUAUGCAUAGAUACCUCAUUUUUGCAGUAAUUCAAGCUUCACUUAGUGCAGACACAUGAUUAGGCCAAAUUAAGUAAUUUUUAAAGAUAUUAUUGCCCACUCUUAACAGUUCUUAAUGUUAAGAGUUUAGACAACUUUUGCAAUACAGGUUUAACUUUCUAAUCUUAUAGUUUAUUCAACACUUAUUAGAAAAUUUUAAGGAGACUAAAUUGUAUAAUGGUACUUCUAAUAAUUAUUACAUAUUAAAUAUAUUUAUUUUUAGCCUCAAUUUCUCAAGGGCGUUAAUCACACUACAUGCCCCCUGUGUAUGUGUGUCAGGACUAACAGCACUGCAUUAACUGUCUCAGGGUACGCACCAAUCUGAAAUACAUAACAAUUUUAUUAAAUUGUGAAAGCUCUGAAAUGGAAUUUUAAAUAUUUAUAAAUACCGGGGUACUGUGCAAUUCCAAACCAGAAAAAAAUAUUUGGAAGAGGUACAUGUAUUUAUUUUUAAAUGUCAGACUUUUGCUUAUGGGUAAAACAAUAUUUGUCUUUUUUUGUAACGCUAAAGGUUAAUUACUGUGCCUCAAAGUAGUAACUUUUGCUAAAUCUUAUGUCACAUAGUUGGAACUAAUGCAUAAUGUUCACUGAUGUUUCAAACCAUUUAGAUCCUUGACUCUCGUCCACUAUGUGCUAUAUUAUUUCAUUGUUGAUCUCUGUAUUUAAAGUGACUUUUCUGAAAUCGGUUUUGUAAUAUUAUUCCUAAAACGUUGAAAUUAACUUAUUUUUAAUAUUUUUUUUCCAAAGUAGGUUUAUUUUUGUUUCUAUUUCCCCAGGUAUGUGUUUUGUUACCCAUGCAUAGCAGAUCACAUCAGUAAGAAAAAAUGCUGCCCCAUCACUGGUUACCCUGCCUCUGCAGAAAAUCUAGUCAAAAUUUAUGAACAAGAGUUGUAGCAUUUACAUCAAGUAAAUUGAUAAAAAUCAUUUGACUUUUUAAGUCAUUGGUGUCCACUGGCCUUCCAGAGCAUGAGAAAUUUUAACAUUUUGAAUACCCGGUACCGGUAAAAAAUAAGGCGUUUUAAGUUUGAUAAUUUUUAAAAAUGUAAAUAAUCAAUAGUUAUUGAUACAGUAUAGUGGGGAGACUGCCUGCAAACCCAGGAAAAGUACGGGGUACAAAAUGGGAAGAAUAAUCUGACAGAAUUCAUUGGGAACUGUAAGUAUAUGAAAUAACAACAACAUUUGGAAGAGAAAUCCAUGACCAUGAGCUUUUUUAGCACAGAGAGUCAAAUCAACUCGGUAGGAUGAUAACAACAUAACUGACUGGUCUAAAGCGGAGCUCCGCAACCUGUGUACAUGGAGAUGCCAGGUAUGCCAUGCAAAAUUCCCAAAAGAGGACGAAGGCUAUGUCAAUGUAGCACAUUAAUCUUACAACACAGUGCUGCUACAAAAGUGACAUUGGUGAGCCUAUUACCAAGCUGUCAAAUGCUGUGAUAACAGAAAUGUAUCCAAUAGGGACAUUUACUGUUGAACACUACAGUUUAAAAUAUACUUUUUAGUAUUGACACACCUUAAUGCAAGUUAACCUAGGUACAUUAUCUUAUUUAGUAGCCAAAUUUUUUAUUUUUUUUAUUUGUGAUGUGCUGGGAAAGGCUUAGGGUGUGCUGUGAGUGAAAAACUUUUGCCGAGCUCUGGACUGGUCUAAGGUAAUAAAGCUGGGAAAAUGUGGGGUUAAGUGUUGCUAUUGUAGUGAGGAAAAUGAAUCUGUGAAGACACUACAUUAAUUUAGAGCAUGCCAGAUAGAACUUGUCUGUGCUAUGUUCAUGCUAUAGUGUAGUGACCAAAUCCUGCCUGGAAUUAGGGGAAUGGGUUAUGAGGUCACCCAAAAAGUAGAAAGCUGGACUUUACUCUUAAAAUUGUCUGAUAUGUUUUUAUCUGCCAGAAUUCUGUCACCAAUUUUGAGAAAGACCACCCACUAAUCAAUGAUUUUGUAAAUCAUCUUGUAAAUCAUCAAAUUGGUACAGAUUUAAGAGAAGUCAAAUGAUGCUGCUUCUGCUUCAAAAUAGAUUUUUUAUUUAAAGUUAAAGCAACAUUAUCAUUAACAUCAUGAAACACUUUGAAACUAACAGUAAGAGACUCAGCAAAACAUGGAAGUUCUUGAUUUCAAGUGAUGUUGAAAAUUCUGUCUUUCAUUUCCUUUUGGCUAGUGUGGAUUAUUUUAAAUAUAAACGGAUAAAUAAAAUAAUGGCAUUAAUCUAUUCAUCUCAUAAUUAGAAGAAACCCAGAGAGAAAAGAGGAAUCUUAGAGUUAGAGGAAACUGCUGCUUGAGUUUAUGUUCAAGUUAUAAAUUCAAUUAAUUUUAAUUAUAGAUACCAGCAUAAUUGUUUUUAAAUCCUAAACUUGUUUGCAUUAAAAUAAAAUUUAACAAAUGAUAAAAAUACAAGUAUUUAUUUUAGUUGCUCUGCUUUAAUUUGAACAGCAAAGCAAUACAAAUUAAAUCCCAUUAACACAAAUACAAUAAAAUGAUUAAACUUGUCUACUAAAAAAAAUAUGGAGAUUUGUGAUUCCC